AUGAGUGUCGACGAAAGCGGUGGCAGCAAGAUCGACGAGGCAGAGUCUAGCAAGAAGCGGCCCCGCUCCGCGACGGCUACGUCCACGAGCACUUCCAAGUCCCCCGUGAGCAAGAAGACCAAAGGCACAGAGCCCCCCCCGGUCAGGAGGCAGCAGCCGCCGCGGCAGGCAUCUCGCCCCCCUGGACAACCUUAG